UCGGCCUGAGGAGCUUGAAGCUCCUAGGCUGGGGGUGAGAGAGGGGCUCCGGUCUGCGAAGUGCGCGGUCAGGGGGCGUGGGAGGGGGUGCUGAGGAGCCUGGAGGUGUCAGGAGCUUGGGAGAGGCUGGAAGAAGCGGAGUCCGUAGGCCUCCUAGAUGUGUGGAACUGUCCCCGGGAGCUGUAGCCCUUCACCACCAUCUCUACCUCCUUCCUUCUGAGGGAGCCUGAAACUUCUGUCAUGGAAAAGUACCACGUGUUGGAGAUGAUUGGAGAAGGCUCCUUUGGGAGGGUGUACAAGGGUCGAAGAAAAUACAGUGCUCAGGUGGUGGCCCUGAAGUUCAUUCCAAAACUGGGACGCUCAGAGAAGGAGCUGAGGAACCUGCAACGAGAGAUUGAAAUCAUGCGGGGUCUGCGGCAUCCCAACAUUGUACAUAUGCUUGACAGCUUUGAGACAGACAAAGAGGUGGUAGUGGUGACAGACUACGCUGAGGGAGAGCUCUUUCAGAUCUUGGAAGAUGACGGAAAACUUCCUGAAGACCAGGUUCAGGCCAUUGCCGCCCAGUUGGUGUCCGCUCUGUACUAUCUGCAUUCCCACCGCAUUCUCCACCGAGACAUGAAGCCUCAGAACAUCCUUCUUGCCAAGGGUGGUGGCAUCAAGCUCUGUGACUUUGGAUUUGCCCGGGCGAUGAGCACCAACACAAUGGUGCUGACAUCCAUCAAAGGCACACCACUUUAUAUGUCUCCAGAGCUGGUGGAAGAGCGUCCAUAUGACCACACUGCGGACCUCUGGUCCGUGGGUUGCAUACUGUACGAGCUGGCGGUGGGCACCCCUCCCUUCUACACGACGAGCAUCUUUCAGCUGGUCAGUCUCAUCCUCAAGGACCCUGUGCGCUGGCCGACCGCCAUUAGUCCUUGCUUCAAGAGCUUUCUACAGGGACUGCUCACCAAGGACCCCAGGCAGCGUCUGUCCUGGCCAGACCUCUUACAUCACCCCUUUAUAGCUGGUCGUGUCACCAUAAUAACUGAGCCAGGAAGCCCAGAUUUGGGCACCCCAUUCACCAGUCGCCUACCACCAGAACUUCAGGUCCUCAAGGACCAACAGGUACAUCGGCUGGCCCCCAAGGGCAAUCGAUCUCGCAUCUUGCAACAAGCCUGUAAGCAUAUGGCUGAGGAGGCCAAGCAGAAGAAACACCAGAACACAGGACCUGCCCUUGAGCAAGAGGACAGGACCAGCAAGAUGGCUUGUGGCACAGCCCCUCUGCCUAGACUAAGAGCCACUCCUCAGGAACCAGGCCUCUUGGCUGGGAUCUUGGCCUCAGAAAUGAAGAGCAGCUGGGCUGAGUGGGGGGCUGGAGAGGCCCCCCCUGCCCCUCGGGAAAACCGGAUAGCCCAGGACUGUGAACGAAUUCUUCCAGAGCUGAGGCCAGAGGUGGUGGGCCAGAGGAGCAUUGAUGCAGUGGACCUAGAAAAUGAGGAGCCAGACAGCGACGAUGAGUGGCAGCACCUACUAGAGACCGUGGAGCCAGUGCCUGUCCAGCUGAAGGCCCCACUCACUCUGCUGUGCAAUCCUGACUUCUGCCAGCGCAUCCAAGGCCAGCUGCACGAGGCCGGGGGGCAGAUCCUGAAGGACGUGCUGGAGGGUGCAUCCCAGAUCCUCCCAGCACUCCGGGUCCUGAGCAGUCUUCUGUCUAGCUGCUGUGACUCGGUUCCCUUGUACUCCUUCUGCCGUGAGGCGGGGCUCCCUGGCCUCCUGUUCAGCCUGCUCAGACACAGCCAGGAGAGCAGCAGUAUCCAGCAGCAAUGUUGGUAUGGGACCUUCUUACGGGACCUGAUGGCUGUGAUUCAGGCCUACUUUGGCUGCACCUUCAAUCUGGAGAGGAGCCAGACAGGUGACAGCCUACAGGUGUUUCAGGAGGCCGCCAACCUCUUUCUGGACCUGUUGGGGAAACUGCUGGCCCAACCGGAUGACUCUGAGCAGACCUUGCGGAGGGAUAGCCUUGUGUGCUUUACUGUUCUGUGUGAAGCCAUGGAUGGGAACAGCUGGACUGUCUCCAAAGCCUUUUACUCCAGCCUGCUGACGACUCAGCGGUCGGUGCUGAACGGGCUGCUCCACGGCUUGACAGUUCCUCAGCUGCCUUUCCACAGUCCCCCAGGAGCCCCCCAAGUGAGCCAGCCACUGCGGGAGCAGAGCGAGGAUCUGCCGGGAGCCAUGUCCUCUGCGUUGGCGGCCAUCUGUACUGCUCCGGUGGGGCUGCCCAGCUGCUGGGAAGCCAAGGAGCAGAUCUCUCGGCAUUUGGCGAAUCAGCUAACUGAAGACAGCAGCCAGCUGAGGCCAUCCUUGAUCUCUGGCUUGCAGCAUCCCAUCCUGUGCCUCCACCUCCUCAAGGUUCUCUACUCCUGCUGCCACGUCAGCGAGCACCUGUGCCACCUUCUAGGGCAAGAGCCCCUGGCCUUGGAGUCACUGUUGUUGUUGGUCCAGGGCAAGGUGAAGGUUGUGGAUUGGGAAGAGGCUACCGAAGUGGCACUCUAUCUCCUGUCCCUUCUUGUCCUCCGGCUGCAAGAUCUGCCUUCUGGAAUGGAGAAGCUAGGCAAUGAGAUUGCUACUCUGUUUACCCACUCACACAUCGUCUCUCUCGUGAGUGCAGCAGCCUGUCUGUUGGGACAACUUGGUCAGCAAGGGGUGACCUUUGACCUCCAGCCUGUGGAGUGGAUUGCGGCAGCGUCGCAUGCUCUGUCUGCGCCUGCGGAGGUCCGGCUGACCCCACCAGCUGGCUGUGGAUUCUAUGAUGGCCUCCUCAUCCUCCUGCUUCACCUCCUCACCCAGGUGCAGCCAGGGAAGGGCAGCCUGAUAAGGGAUGUGGCUAGCUCAGAAAUGUGGACCGUUCUAUGGCACCGCUUCUCCAUGGCCCUAAGGCUCCCUGAGGAGGUGUCUGCCCAGGAAGAGGAGCCGUCCCUGUCCAGGCCACAGAGCCCGGAGCCAGACUGGACGCUGAUCUCCCCCCAAGGCGUGGCCGCCCUGUUGAGCCUGGCCGUGGCCAUCUUCACCCAGGAGCCCCAGUUAUGCCUGAGCCACCUGUCGCAGCGUGGAAGUACCCUCAUGUCCACCUUGAAGCAUCUGCUGUCCCCCAGCUUCCUGCAUCCUCUGGGCCGGGCGCCUCACGGGUCUGAGUUUCUGCCCUUCGUGGUGCUCUCUGUCUGCCAGCUCCUCUGCUUUCCCUUCGCCCUGGACGUGGAUGACGACCUCCUCGGAGGUGUAUUGGCUGACUUUGUGGACUCAGAAAUCGCAGCCCACCUGCUGCAGGUCUGCUGUCACCACCUUCCGUUGCCUCAAGCCGAGUUGCCUAUCAGUCUCCUCACGCGCCUGGCCCUCACGGAUCCCACCUCGCUCAACCAGUUCGUGAACGCGGUGGCUGCCUCCCCUCGAACUGUCAUCUCUUUCCUCUCAGUUGCCCUCCUGGGUGACCAGCCAGUGCUCACCUCCGACCUUCUCUCGCUGUUGGCCCACACAGCCCGAGUGCUGUCUCCCAGCCACUUGUCCUUUAUCCAGGAACUCCUGGCCGGCUCUGAUGAAUCCUAUCGGCCACUGCGGAGUCUCCUGGGCCACCCAGAGAACUCCGUGCGGGCCCGCACUUACGGGCUCCUGGGACACUUGCUGCAGCACAGCAUGGCCCUGCGGGGGGCGCUGCAGAGCCAGGCUGGGCUGCUCAACCUCCUGCUGCUGGGGCUUGGAGACAAGGACCCUGCCGUGCGGCGCAGUGCCAGCUUCGCUGUGGGCAACGCAGCCUACCAGGCGGGUCCCCUGGGCCCGGCCUUGGCCGCCGCAGUACCGGGUAUGACCCAGCUCCUCGGAGAUCCUCAGGCCGGCAUCCGGCGCAACGCUGCGUCAGCUCUGGGCAACUUGGGGCCCGAGGGCCUGGGGGCAGAGCUGAUACAGUGCCAAGUACCGCAGCGACUCCUGGAGAUGGCUUGUGGGGACCCACAGCUGAAUGUGAAGGAGGCUGCCCUCAUUGCCCUCCGGAGCCUCCGGCAGGAGCCCUGCAUCCAUCAGGUGCUGGUGUCCCUGGGGGCCAGUGAGCGGUUAGCCAUGCUCUCUCUGGGGAACCAGUUACUGGCGCCCAGCAGCCCCCGGCCCGCCUCUGCCAGACACUGCAGGAAACUCAUUCACCUUUUGAGGCCAACCCACAGCACUUGAUCUCAGAUUCCUGCGGUCCGUCCUCCAGCCUUUUUGGCCCCUUAUUGCCAACCUCUCCUUUUUCUACUGUAUGAGACACCAACUCAGCCAAGAGCUAAAGAGACUUAAAAAAAAAAAAAAAAAAAAAAAAGAUCGAGAGAGAUAAGCUGCAAGUGAACUGAUUGAGAACGAAAAACUAGAAGAGAUUUAUGUAUAAAGCUCCCUCCUUUCCCCAGAUACUGAUUUCAACCAGUAAACUUCAUUGAUGUUGGUGCCACA